CCGAGUAAUGCCGGCGUACGUCACGUCAAUGCAGAGAUAUGCCGCAGACGGUACGAAAUGCGCGCGCACUUAGCCGCGCGCCGCCAAUAACUCGUCGCAAAACGCGGCAAGCGCGCGCCUCUAUCGAUGAACAGUGAAACGUGCACACACCCGACUAUAUUGUGAAAAUUUUGUGUUAUAAAAUACUACCAGUGAAUAGUACCUAAAUAAUCUAACAAAACUAUUGAAUAUUUUUUUAACUAAGAAGUUUUUCCAGGAUAUAUGUUAAUAUAUGUUCAUGAUACGAUAGUGAUCGUAGGAUGGGAGAACAAGUAAAACGGGUAGGGCGAGCGCGCUGACCGGGUAUGUGGGCGCGCGCGGCGCGAAUCCUGCGGCGCGUGGCGCUGCUGGUCCCGCUGUUACUGACCGCGCUGGCGCUACUGCUGCUGCCGCGCCCGCCACCCUUCAGCACUUCAGCGCGGCUCCCAUCACCACCAUCAACGCAGAUAUUAUCGAAAGAGGAAACGCACUUACAAAACUCUAUAACAGAAAAUGAGAUUAUAUUUAACGAAGACGGCGAUGAGUUUUCGAAACGACCAUGGUUUAUAUCUGGGGGUGAACAGCGUCCAAAACGUCACGAACCUCACGCUAAGAUUUUUCCCGAAGAUUCUCCAGGUGAUGACAGGAUUGUCGAGCAAUUGAUGUAUACGUUGCCAAAAGAUGAAGAUGUGCCUAUCAAGAAGAUAUUACUGGCGAACGGGUUAGGAGCCUGGGGAGUAUCGGGUGGCAGAACCGAAUUCAUCAGAAACAAAUGUCCCGUUGAUCGGUGUACAUUGACUGCGGACUCACGAGAAGCCGCCACAGCUGAUGCUAUCUUGUAUAAAGACCACCAUACACCCUUCAAUGUUAAAAGACCAAUUAAUCAGAUUUGGAUUCUAUAUUACUUAGAAUGUCCGUACCACACAGCGUCCCUUCGUCCUUCGUCCCUGGAUGUGUUCAACUGGACGGCGACCUAUCGUCGGGACUCUGACAUAGUUGCUCCGUACGAGCGUUGGGUCUAUCACGAUGCAUUGAACACAGAAAAAGACUUAGAAAGGAACUAUGCUGCAAAUAAAACAAAAAAGGUUGCAUGGUUCGUCUCAAAUUGCCACGCCAGGAACCGUCGUUUACAAUACGCUAGACAACUGUCUAAGUUCAUUCCUGUCGAUAUCUACGGUGCAUGCGGCUCCCACCAUUGUCCGCGCGCUGAUCCCAACUGUUUGGAAAUGUUGGAUAAGGAAUACAAAUUCUAUCUCGCUUUCGAAAAUUCAAACUGUCGUGAUUACGUCACUGAGAAAUUUUUCGUAAACGGAUUGCAACACGACGUCGUACCCAUAGUAAUGGGAGCACGUCCCCCAGAAUAUGCGGCAGUGGCGCCACAUAAUUCAUACAUUCACGUCGAAGAGUUCGCAGGACCAGAAGAGUUAGCUGCCUAUCUUCGGCGUUUAGACGAGGAUGACACACUAUACAACUCAUAUUUCAAGUGGAAAGGCACAGGCGAAUUUAUUAAUACGUAUUUCUUCUGCCGCGUGUGUGCGAUGGUCCACGCGAGCGCGAGGCGCCAGCGCAGCGCGCACUACACCGACGUACAGGCGUGGUGGCGCGACGGCGCCUGUACGCGCACUGAGUGGCGCGCCACGCGAGAUCAGCACAGCCUGCGAGACCCGCCAUAAUCAAUAAACUGUAGAUUUAAAUAAACCCUUAAUUGUAAAAUGACAACCAAAAGACAAGGUCAAUAUGUAGAAAAUCUGUUUUACUCACAUUUAAUUAAAUUUUUGUGACAAACGGCACAUUAAUCUCGAGCUUUAUAGUCUCUACAAAUGGCGAACACAAAAAUUGUCCUAUAAAAAUAUAUAACCACGCAUGAAAUAUCGAUAAAUAAGUAAUCAAAUUUAUAUUAAAAUCGCAUCAUUAAUAUCUACUUUGAAAAGACCCCGUUCUCUUAAGCACAAAAUAUUAGAGUUACUUAAAUUUUAUUUCUAGAUUUAAAAACAUAUUUUAUUAAAUGUUUUUUUAAGUGGGAAAUUAUGUACAAAUCAUAAAAUAUAACAGAUAAGGAGAAACAGUCAUAUUAAAAAUAUUAUAGUGGCACUACAAUAUUUUUAAUGCAAACGGAUUUUGGUUAAGCGUAAGUCAGCCAUAAUAAUUCAAAUAAUUAUCGUUUAAUCUAAGAAGAAAUAAUGGUUACCAUUUUCAUAAAUCUUAAGUGAAUCAACAAGUGAAAAAAAAUCGGUGUCUAUUGUUGUUCUAAGAUUAGGGUAACGUGAUCGAUUGUUUUCAUUGUGCACGCGAAAUUACAAUAAUUUAACUAAAUAAUGAAAUUUAAACAAGAACCGACCAUAUCGCGGUAGCUUUUACACCUACAAAAAAAAUAAUGAAUGUAUUUCGGCUAUAAAAUUAAAAAUAAUUGCAAUUGUAUUUUUUAUAUUUGUAAAUUCUAUUAUUUUUCAUGAACAACUCGCGUACCUAAAAUAAAAAUUUAAAAAAAUCCGUAAUGGCUUGAACUCCCAUAUUGUCCCAGUUAAAAAAACAUAUACCAUAAUAUAUUUUUAUUAUGUAAUUGUUAUGUUAGUAGUAAAUUAAAUUAUGUACUUUUUGUACGCGAAGAUUUUUUUCUGUGAAUAGUACUUAGGUCAAAAACAUUCCACCUAUCAUCAUUUAAUAAAAACAAAUUACUAUUCGCGUCCAUUAUGAAUAUUUGUCCACGGCAUCUUAGUAUUUGCUAAAAUAUAUUAUACAUAUAUUUAUUGCGUCGAUAGACUGUUUAAAGUUGUAAUAAUGUAAUUGCAAUGUGAAGGAUCCUUUUAGCACAAUGAGAAAGUUAAAUUACUUGUUAAAUUAUUUAUGCUUCGUUGUUACCAUAAAGUGUUUGUGAACGAGACCUGAUAAAUGAAAUACUUAUUUAACAUGAUACAUAAAACCAUUAAUAAGUUUUAAAUAUAUGCAACUCAUAUGCAAGAUACGAUAUUGAUGUCACUGAAAUACUUUUAGAAUUAGACAAUAUUGUUAGGAGUUCGUUUUAUGUUAAAUAUUUAUAUUUCUACAAAAAGACAUUAAUUAAUUUUUAUCAAAAUACUGCUUACUAAGUCAGUAAAAAAAUCCGUGAUUUUUUAUUUUCCUAAUUGGACCCAUAUUUUCUUAUUUUUUCAAAAAUGUAUGUAUAUAUAUCAACAUAUAUGCAAUUUAAUAGCUAUGAAAUAGCAUUUAGUUUUAGACCAUGUAGCAAAUAAUUACCUACCCCAAAAACUGUUAGUUGAUUUGCAGUAUUAUAGUUAUAGUAUUCGUUACGAAAUUCAAUGCGUCUCUUUAUACAAUCAUCAAUCAAUAUAAAAAAUAACUUAAACCUAAAUAUGGAUAACUACAUAACAAAAUAAAACAAAGAAAUUUCAACAAAAUGUAACACCAGAUCAGUAUUUUCUAAAUAGAAAACAAAAAGAUAAAAAUUCAAUGUAUCACGCCUAACACUCAAAACUAAAAAAAAAAACGAUCUUUAUUACACCUGAUUAAUUUAUUUGCUAUACUUGAUUAGCCCUUCGUCAAUGAACUUUGCCCUAAGUAUAAGCUUUUGAGUAAUAUAUUGUUUAUUAUUUGUACAAGUUAUUUUGUUUUUAUAUAAUUUUAUACACAUAAUAUGAUUUGUAUAUGUCUGUAUAUAGUCUUAUUAUAUAUUUUGUUAGAAUCAAGCUCAUGUGUCUAGUCAUGGCGCUAAUAAAAAUUGAGCACAAAAAAUAUUUUACAUGUGAUUAUAUUAAUUGUUAUUAUUUUAAUUAUAGCACAAAGUGUUAUAUUAGUUUAUCAUACCAUAUUGCAUUUUUUAAAUCAUUUUGUAUUUAGAAGCUAACUAAAAAGUUUUCUAAAUAUUAUAAAAUAAGAGUAUUUAAAGUUUUAUUAAUAUUGUUUCUUGUAAAACUGUUCUUAAUAAUUGUUUGUUUUUUCUCCCCACAGCUAUGUGAAUAUAAUAAAGGUAAUUUAGAAGUUCAAAAACACAGAACUACGAAAAUAACUUUACAAUCUUAAAAUUGUACAUUUAUACAAUAUUAAUGACAAUAUUGUACCAUUACUAAUAUUAAAGAAAAUAUAACCAUUAACCACCCCACUGUACCGAAACUUUUACUUUGUAACAAAUUCAUAUUUUGUUUACAUUAUGUGCAAAUUGUGAUGAUUGUUGUAAAUAUUUUUUAAAGUAAAUAAUCAGUUCUUAUUAUUAUACAUAAAAGUCAAGAACUUAUUUAAAAUCUCAAUAUUGUAUUUUAUUGUCAUUUUCAUUAGGAAGCUAUCUUGCAGAUAUUGUUAUGUCUAAUAUUACUUAAUAUAGUAAUAUAAAAGCACAAAGUUUAAAUUUGGUAACUGUAAUUUAUUAUUAUUUCUAUAAAACACAACUAUAGAAUAUAGUCAGUAUAAUGAAAUUAUGAGAAGGGAAAUUAAUUAAAUUUCAGUAGUAAUCUCUUUUAUUUCAUUUAAAGCAAUAUUUUCUUGCAUCUUAAUACAUUCUUAUGUACUUCCAUUGUUUCUAACUUCAAGCUACUCUCUGGAAUUACAUAGUGCUUAUAGUUAAUUAGAAUGUGUAGUUUUAAAAUUUACAAAUUGAUAUCAAAUUGAUCCUGUGGUAAACUAGACACAAGUCAAAAUUAAAAUAA